AUGAGAGUAAUCAAUACAUUCUUCAACUUGUUCUUCCUAGCUGGUGCAUGUCUAUUACUUAUUUUUACAGUAUUGGCCGGUUCAUCAAAACAUUUCCCAUUAAACAAAUUUUAUUGGUUAGAAGCUGAUACUUCAAAUAUACCCAAUUCACCAGCAAAUACAUCAGCAUGGACAUUCUGGGGUGUUUGUGACAAGAACGAUUAUUCCAAUUGUAAAUUGGGACCAGCAUACCCAAUCUCGCCCGAGGAUAAUUUCGAUACUACAAGGAAUGUACCACUGGAUUUCUUGGAUAAUCAAUCAACAUAUUAUUACUUGAGUAGAUUUGCAUUUGCAUUUUGUUUAAUUGCAUUGGGCUUUAGUGGAUUGGCAUUGAUUAUUGAUUUGUUGGGUUUUUGUUUUACCAUUAUUGAUAAAGUUGUCAUGUUCUUGGUGUCGGUGGCUUUGUUUUUCAUGGCUGCUUUUGCUUCAUUCCAAACUGCAGUUACGGUGUUGGCGAAAAAUGCAUUUUCAAAUGAUGAUAGACAUGCUAAAGUUGGAGCUAAAGCCAUGGGUAUUAUGUGGGCUGCAUUUGUCUGCUUGGUCAUAUGUUGGGGAUUGACUUUUGCUGCUAAUAUUAGCAACAGUUACAAGAAACAUAUGGAUAGAGUAAAUCAACAUAAAUAUGAGAAACAAGGUGGUGCUUAUAAUGAUAAUGGUCAACAACAAGGAUAUCCAAAAGGUGUUGCUACUAAUCGUGAUGAUUCUUCAUUUACUAGAGCUGAAGUUAGAGAUGAAGAUGAUGUUAAUAAUGGUGGUGUCGGUGCCGGUGGUGCUGGUGGGGGAAUUAGAUUUUUCAAAAUAAAGAGAAACCAAAAGACAGUUGAGGAUGAAUCUGUAUAA